AUGAAUCCUGUGUGGAAGGUUUAUAAGAGCAAAGUGCUGAAGACCCUUAACCCUGAGUAUGAGGAGGAAACUGUUGAAGAGGCUGCAGAGGUGGAGAAUGACAUGGGUCCAGUGCUGGAGGACGAGGGGCCCAAUGCCGUCUCCCAACUGGCCAAGAAAGUGCAGGGUGCUGGGGCUAAAAGCUGGAACAGACUAUCAUCUCUCUUCAGUAAGGAUGAUGAACAUCAGCUUCUAGAGGAGACUGAAACCAGUGCUGACCAUCCACUUGCCGUAAAGCCGGAAGAGUCUGCACGACCCACCAGGCGCACAGGAUUCUGGGAUAGUUUUGCGGCCAACUGGGCUGUCAAGAAGCAGGCAGAAGCUGCAGCCGCUUCUGCAGCGAACAGGGCGACAGCAGGGCAGGGUGAGGAGGGGGUGACAGAAGCAGGAGGAGAGGAGAGCCAGGAUGGUCAGAUCACUGAGGGAGAGGAGAGUGAAGGAGAUGGAGGAAGGAGCAACAACAGCUUCUCCAAAUACAUCUCUCUGGGAGGAGGCAGCGAGGACUCAUCCUUCAAAUGGAACUUUGUCACCAGCAAGCUGGCAGAGCUGAAGACUAAGAGCACGACCAAGACCAACUAGCUGUUCACGAAGGAAGAAAACUAACAAAAUAUGGCUGGUGGGGCUGGGUAGGGCUUUAAUGUAGGGGUGUAGUGGAAGUACAGGAGGAUCAUAUAUUUUACACAGGAAGUCCUGUAGCUAAAAUGUACAGCUGUUGUAAAACCCUCCUUUUGUCUCAUUAUAAACUAUAUGACUAAUGCACCAUCUCCCAAAAAAGGCUUUUUAC